AUGUCCCAGCAAGAUUUAGACCUACCUGACAUUGACUGGCCCGAAGUCACGGUGCGGAACACUAUUCUCGGCCCUUCAGUUUCUGCUCUGACAAAAGUCAACAACUGGUCAAUCAGGCAUCCAUAUGUCGCAGUCGGAGCUUUGAUGCUCAUCUCCGCCAAUCCUGAUCUCUUAUUUACGCCACUACGGCUCGCGGGGAAAACGACACUUUAUAUCUGUGAUCUUCCCCCGGUUCGUUACGGGUUGAUCGUCUUGCCCUUCAAGCUUAAGCUCUAUUGGAGGAUCCUUUUGUACACUUUUAUAUCAUUGCGUUCAGCGAGACAAAAGAUUGCGAAAGGUGUCUCGUACGUGACCCUAAAUAUGGCAGAUUCAUUGGCAUCCCAGCGCCAGCGCCAUCUCUGUGGUGGAUACGUACCACGGGACUCUACUUUUGCGAGAUCCCAGUCAUACGGGGCCGCCUAUGACAUGGAAGAAGCACUGAGAUUGGUUGAAGAAUUAGAGAAUAGAGAUCGACGUGAAACAGGGUCGAUACUUGGGGUUGGUGUCUCCUGGCUGUCAGGUAUUGGAGCUGUGUUUGUCUUGGGCAGGAGGUGGUGGUGGAAUUGA